AUGAUGAAUUGUUUAAGUGAACGAAAAAAAUAUCAAAGAAGUGAAAAAAAAGCAAUAUCUGAUGACAAAAAAGACGAUAAAUAUUAUGAGCGUCGUAAGAGGAAUAAUGAAGCUGCUAAAAAAUCACGCGAUGCUAGGAAACUUCGUGAAGACUAUACGGCAAUGAGGGCGAAAUUGUUGGAGAACGAGAACGGGAUCCUCUGGAAAAAAAUAAUUUUACUGUGUCAAGAAAUAGAAACCCUCCAUGAAGUGAUAAGAAAAAUUCAACGAUACGUACCGACAGAUAAAGCUGAUGAUGAUUGCUCAAUGAAUCUCAAUCAAUGGGAAGCGAUCUUCAAUGGUAGAAAAUCUCUGUACUGCAAAACUAUACCCGAGUAUCCGUCAUCAUCAUCAUCAUCAUCAACAUCAUCAAUUGUCAAUAAUAACAGUGGUAGCGUGACCGCUCUGACAGUUAUCUCACGGCUUUCAUCAAUUUUGCAUUCACCUCCGCAGUCUGCCAUCUAA